CGGAGGGAGCGGGGCCUGCGGCGGGCAGGUGCCCGGCUCCGUGCGGAGCUCGGUGCGGAGCCCGGCCCACGGCUCUCUGUCUGUCUGCGUUUCUUCCCGUAUCCCUGAGCGAUGCUUUAGCCCCGGUCACAGAGAUUCGGGAGAUCCAGACAUUUAAUGUUGAGGCACCAUGCCAGACUGUGGAAGAUUUAACGAGUGGGGUUGUGAUGGCCCAGGUUCUUCAAAAAAUAGAUCCAGUGUACUUUGAUGAAAACUGGUUAAACAGGAUCAAAACAGAAGUAGGAGAUAAUUGGAGGUUAAAGGUAAGCAACCUGAAGAAAAUUUUAAAAGGGAUAUUGGAUUACAACCAUGAGAUUCUAGGGCAACAGAUAAAUGACUUCACCCUUCCUGAUGUUAACCUGAUUGGAGAGCAUGCCGAUGCUGCAGAGCUUGGAAGAAUGCUUCAGCUUAUUCUGGGAUGCGCUGUGAAUUGUGAACAGAAGCAAGAGUACAUCCAGACCAUAAUGAUGAUGGAAGAAUCGGUUCAACAUAUGGUCAUGGCAGCAAUUCAAGAGUUGAUGAGUAAAGAGUCUCCUGUCUCUGUUGGAAAUGAUGCUUACGUUGACCUUGAUCGGCAGCUGAAGAAAACUACAGAAGAAUUGAAUGAAGCAUUGUCAACAAAAGAAGAAAUUGCCCAAAGAUGCCAUGAGUUAGAUAUGCAGGUUGCAGCCCUUCAGGAGGAGAAGAGCAGUUUGCUUGCUGAGAACCAGAUUUUGAUGGAACGUUUAAAUCAAUCUGACUCAAUUGAAGAUCCCAACAGCCCUGCUGGUCGUAGGCACUUGCAACUGCAAACACAACUAGAACAACUCCAAGAGGAAACAUUCAGAUUAGAAGCUGCCAAAGAUGACUAUAGAAUACGUUGUGAAGAACUGGAGAAGGAAAUUGCAGAAUUGAGACAACAGACAGAAGAGCUUACUACAUUGGCAGAGGAAGCUCAAUCUCUGAAGGAUGAGAUAGAUGUACUGAGGCAUUCUUCUGAUAAAGUAGCCAAGUUAGAAAGCCAAGUGGAAUCUUAUAAGAAGAAAUUAGAAGACCUGGGUGAUUUGCGUCGGCAAGUGAAACUCUUAGAAGAAAAGAAUACAAUGUACAUGCAAAAUACUGUAAGCCUGGAAGAGGAGCUGAGGAAGGCCAAUGCAGCACGCAGCCAGCUAGAGACGUAUAAGAGACAGGCAGUUGAACUACAAAACAGGUUAUCUGAAGAAUCCAAGAAAGCUGAUAAAUUAGAUUAUGAAUGCAAACGGCUGAAAGAAAAAGUAGACAGCCUCCAAAAAGAAAAAGAUAGAUUAAGAACAGAAAGGGAUUCUUUGAAAGAAACUAUUGAAGAGCUCAGGUGUGUACAAGCACAGGAGGGUCAACUCACCACUACAGGAUUGAUGCCCCUAGGAAGACAAGAACCUUCAGACAGUUUAGCAGCAGAAAUUGUUACUCCUGAAAUAAAGGAAAAACUCAUUCGUCUUCAGCAUGAGAACAAGAUUUUAAAGUUGAACCAAGAAGGUUCUGACAACGAAAAGAUCGCCUUGUUGCAGAGCCUUCUUGAUGAUGCAAAUUUACGAAAGAAUGAAUUGGAGACAGAGAACAGAUUGGUAAAUCAGAGACUUCUUGAAGUGCAAUCCCAGGUUGAAGAACUACAAAAAUCUUUGCAAGAUCAAGAUUCAAAAGCUGAAGAUGCUAUUUCAGUUCUUCUGAAAAAGAAACUUGAAGAGCAUCUUGAGAAGCUCCAUGAAGCUAAUAAUGAGCUACAGAAGAAACGAGCUAUUAUUGAGGAUUUGGAACCAAGAUGCAAUAACAGUUCACUCAAAAUUGAAGAAUUACAAGAAGCUUUACGGAAGAAGGAGGAGGAAAUGAAGCAAAUGGAAGAGCGUUACAAAAAGUAUUUGGAAAAGGCCAAAAGUGUCAUCCGUACCUUAGAUCCUAAGCAAAACCAAGGUGCAGCUCCUGAGAUUCAGGCUCUGAAAAAUCAGUUGCAGGAACGGGAUAGAAUGUUUCAUUCACUGGAGAAAGAAUAUGAAAAAACAAAAAAUCAAAGAGAAAUGGAGGAGAAAUUUAUUGUUAGUGCCUGGUACAAUAUGGGGAUGACUCUGCAUAAAAAAGCAGCAGAAGACAGGCUGGCAAGUACAGGCUCAGGACAGUCCUUCCUGGCUAGACAAAGGCAAGCCACGAGCACAAGGAGAUCAUACCCUGGUCAUGUCCAGCCAGCAACUGCAAGUGAUGUGGUUGCAUGACCUGCAGCAUUAUUAUAACAGGGACUGUUCAGUGCAUGACUUGCUUUUCUGUCCAGACUGCAUAACCAAAACUUAACCAGUUCUACACUUACGGGCAUCUGAUUUCAAAGGGAGAUCUACUUGCAGAGAAGCUUACCAUCUUGGGGAGUGGCUUUCCCAUUUUCUGCUUCCAUUUACUCUUUCUCUUCACAAAAAGUCUCCUGUGGGGCUAAAAGAGCGGAAACCCAGUAUUCAGAACUCUACAGGAGGCGUUCUGCAAACUGACAGAGCACUGUCAGCUCUACAUUUACUUCUGUCUGUCCAUUUAAUUCUGAUUGAUUAACAGCAUUAACACACAGACUUCCUGCAACAUUUGCAUAUUCUGAACUAUAAAAAUCUAGUCUUAACGAGUUCCUAAAAAUGCCUUUUGGUGACUCUUAAAACUUCAAAGCACCUGCACCCUUAAAAGAUAUACCUUCAAAUAAAUUAAAAAUGAAGUCAAGGAGGUGUGUUACUAGGAGGAGCGGCUGCUUGGCCAGCCCAUCUUCCUUAGGAAGCCGAGCAGGGUUCAUCAGAUAAACUCUGAGACAGGCAAACGACUGUGCAGUCCUUUGUUCACAGACACUGCCUGCUUCCUUACUAUGUAUAUACACAGUAGAUUAUGGCUGUUGUAUUUUUCUCUAUAUAUUUUAGCCGUGUCGUCUGUUUCUUUCAGAAACUUUUUAUUUCCACUCUGUGUACAAUUGUUAAACAAUCCAAGGAAAGUACGUGAAUGGGGAUAAACGUGAAAGCUGGCCACACUUUCAGUAUUAUGCAGAUUGUCCUUGACAGUUUAUAAUUUGGGUUGUUUGUAUUUUACCUGUACUAUUUUUUUUCUCUCAUUAUUGCAGUCUUAGCUAUUUCAUUUCCAGUUGCACUAGUUUGGCUGUUUCUUUGUAUUACAAAGUUUAGCUAUAAGAUUUUUGCAAUAUUUAGACAGUAUAACUCAAAAUGCUUCCUGCUGCCUUUAUUAAUUUUUAAAAGCUGCUUAUUUAAUAUUUUUAAAUAUCUGCACAUUUGUACUACUGUAUCUUUGUUCUGUGCUGGAUGCCCAGUACUGGCAAGAUCCAGAAGGCAAGGGAGUACUGUCGUGGUGUAAGUUAGGGUGUUUGUUGUGUAGCAGUUAGCAUGUAACAGGUCAGAUGAGGCCACAGGGCCCUCCACAGCAUCUGAAAAGAAUCCGAAUGAAGAAAACCAUUAGUUUGUUCGGUUGAAGUCCAGUUCUUGAGAAACCCCAUUCUUGCUCACUUGGAUCUUAAUCCUGCAAAAAUAUAUGCAUGAGCUUACUCCAGGAAUAGUUUUGCUUAUUCAGGCAGUAGUGUAUCGGUGAGCCCUGCUUUCCACCUGAGCACCCUAUAUUGGAGACAUGGUGUGCCUCCCUGCAGGCACACGGGGCCUUGAAAGGCUGUGCCCUCGCCUUGGGACGCCAGAGGUGCUCGGCCCUCAUAGACCCCUGCGCUGGGACACCUGAGGUGCUCGGCCCUCAGGCACCGUGCCUGCUGCAGCAGAGGGCUGGAGAACAGGCAGAGCCCGUCCCCGUGCCGCCUCAGCAGGGUAGGGCAGGUUGGGCUGCAGCAGGCCCUGCAGGAGUCGGAGGGCCAGCGUGAGGAUCCCAGUGAGAAGCGUGUGCGGGGUUCCCUCCUGGACACCGUGCCUGACACCAUAGCAGACAGGGAGCCUGCGGCUGACAGCCCAUUGGGACUCCCACAUGGGGAUAUGUCUUUCCUGGUCCACCAGGACCUGGGGCAGUGACGUCUGAUGUGACCUGCAGGACAGAUCAGGGCCGUGACGUGUCACACGUUCCUGCAGCAGUGCCAGCGGCACUUCCAUCGGACUGAGCCUAGCAGAGCUAAAGGGUUUUCAUCUCUCCAGGUCCUAGCCAUCGAUCCCUCGCUCUGUGUCAGGGCAAGCUUUAUAGAAAAACCUCCUUUCUGUUGUGUGUGAGGCAUAGUUUGUUUCCCAUCGCCAGCGCAGCUUCAGCUGGGAGCACCCUUCUCCAGGCCGAGCUGGGAGCGGGGCCGGGGCGGCCCUGCGCGGGGUGUGCGGGGAUAGCUGUUUGUCACACCUGCCUGCAAGGGCAUCCCAAGCUGAAGCUGAGCUGUACCUCAUUUCUCCAUGUGGUCUGUGCGGUUAGAAACUACAUAUCAGUUGUUAUUGAGCCUGAAGACAUUUAUAUGUAAUUGUGUUUAGCUUGACAAAGCGUGUUUGAGUUCACUGAAGCGGUGGCGAAGAGCCACGUCUCUGCGUGACCUCCAGCAUGUCUCUGGUGUACUAACUUCAUUUAUGCUGCGUAGAAACUCUUCUACUUCCUUCAUAGCAGCUUGUUUGACAGUCCCAAAUUAAGUGUUGACCAAUUAUCGAAGUAACUGUUUGUGAAGUUGACAGUGAUAUAUUUUCUGUAAAUUAAUGGAUUUAUAGAGUGUCAAAACAUAAAUUUCCCAUUUUGAUUCAUCUAUGAGUUGUGUAACUACCAGAUUGUCAUGGUAGCAGUAUUAAUAUACAUAUCUGUACAUAGACAAAAAAAAAAAUACUCGGUAAUGGUCAUUAGAAUCAAAAGGUUUAAUAUUUUUUUCCCAGUCAAAUACACUAAUGCUUCCAAGGUUACAGAAGAGUGUACAGUUGUUAAACAAGUUGUAAAUAAAGGCUUAUAUAAAAUAAAAGUGCUUGUUUUGCCUUUCUUUGGUACUGAAUUACUGAAACUGAGGCCAACAUACAGUUCACGACCAAGUUACCGGUUCACAAUAGCUUACUGCUGUUUGCAGUAAGCGAUGACGGGUGCUGGCAGCAGCCUUUAUACUCAGUCACUGUUUAGCACAGACUUCAGCAGGGUGGGAAGAAUGGGGAUAGUGUGACCCUUGCCUUUGAAGAAUGCUUAUGUCAGCCAUUGCAGAACAAACUACCUGUAUGCUUUGCUUCUGGAAAGACCAAGGCUGACCUAUGGGUGUAACAGAACUUCGUCUUGCUAAUGGAAGUUUAGCUCUAGAGAUAACAAAGCAGGAAAAAACCUCUCUGCUGAUAUGGAUGAGAAAAAUUAUCCUUCCUUACUGCAUUAAUAAGCAGCUUUGCUCUUUGGGGUGGGAGAGCUGAGGAGGAGGGAUCAGGCAAGCAGUGUUGGACGUGAGUGAAUAUUGCUUGUGAGAGGACAACAGCUAGGGAGAGAGAUGGAGCCCAUAUGUAUGUCAUGUGUGAUACUGGGGCUGAGAAGGAUGUGCAGAGAUCCUGAAGCCUCCUGCAGCAGUAGCAGGCUGGUUCUUACACUGCAGCGAAGAAGAAACACCCCAGGUGAGUGUGGAGGGUUGGCCACAGGGAAGAGGAGACAGGCCCCCAAAGUGCAGUCCAGCUCUCCUGAGCCUCAGGCAGUGUGAGCUGGAGGCAGAAAGCUGUCAGAGUCUCAUCGUGGGCUGGGUUGUCAGUGGAGAUGCUGUGUGUGACCACUGUAGGGCUUCUUGGGGAUGUAAAGGUCAAAGGCAGCCUUGGCUGUAGUGAUGAUGAAGUGGUGGAGUUCAUGAUCCUUUUGGGGGUGAGGAGAGUGCACAGAAAGCUCACAGCUCAGAACCUGGCUUUUCAAGGAGUUGCUUGGUAAAGUUAUGUGGGAUGAAGGCUUGGAGGAAUGAGGGGCACAAGAAUGUUCGUUAAUAAUCGAGGAUCAUCUCCUCUAAGAGCACUGCAUCCCCAUGAGAAGGGGAAAAAUGUCAGGAGGUCUGCAUGGAUAAGCAAGGAUCACAUGGCCAGGCUCAGACACAAAAAAGAAGUGCCCAGAAGGUGGAAGUAAAGACAGAUAAGAUGGGAGGAGCACAGAACAUCCAGGGCUGGAGUUAGGAAGGCUAAAACCCAUUUGGAGUUGAAUCUAGCAAGGGAAGGCAAGAAGAACUUGUCACAGUACAUCUGUGAGGGAAGGUAAACUAGGGAAAACACGGGCCCAUUGCUGAAGCAGAGCCUUCUAACACAGGGAAAAGGAUAUUUUCUUCGCCUCAGUCUUUACAAGCAAGACUGACCCUCAGGAAUCCUUGGUCCCAGAGGCCAGGCUGAAGGGCUGGAGCAAGGAAGAUGUAUCUUUGCUGGAAGAGGAUCAGGUCAGGGAACACUUCAGCAAACUGGACCACAGGCCCUGAUGGGAUGUACCUACUAGUGCUGAGGGAGCUGGCAGAUGCAACUGCAAGGCCACGGUAGAUAAUCCUUGCUUGACCGUGGCACCUGGCUGGGGUGUAAGACCAUUAGUGAAAGCCUGAGCCAGCAACUACAGUUCUCCUUUACAUUUCUCCUUUUGCAUUUCCCCAACAGCCUUUGAGGACAGAACAGUUGGAGUCAGCUGCACAUCCUAUUUAUGUGUGUGAAGCGAAACUCAUAUGAGCCACAGUAAAGGACAGGAGAGGAAGUGAUAUACCUGUAAGUCAUCAAGGAGGCUGCUCCUAGCUCAUGUCCUGAGGCCCAGGAGGCAGUGGAGCUCUUUGUGAUGCUAGCAGGGCACCCCUUUCACCUUUUCUCCCUUGGGCAAACACCUCUGCAUGCGAAAUGCCUGCACCUAUGACAUGCACUUUCUGCAUCAAAAGUUAGCAUUCAGAAGUUGCUUAGAGCACAACUCCAUGUCUACAGGAAAAGCCUCACAGAGCUGGGGAGGAGAGUGGAAGAAAGCCCAGCUCCUUCCCCAGAACACCUGAACCUUCCCAAAAACAGCCCACAUCACCACCAGUCCCAACCCCAGCCUCCAAAGGGACGGUGAAGGCAGGCAGUAUUUACUGGCAAAGUUAAAGAAGAGGUGGAUUGGAAGCUAAAACACAUUUUCAUUCUGUUUGUCAUGUCACGUUGUGCAAAUGUUUUUCUUCGAUGUUGUA